GCGACGGAAAGCCGGUUAUAAAACGAACGGUUUUUACACCCUUCGAUCCUGAUGGAUGUCUCUAAUCUCAAGAGCUAUGCAUCGGAUAUUCGUGUACGGGACUCUAAAGAGUGGGGAACCCAACGCUCAUUUGAUGGUUGAUUCCACCCUGGGAAAAGCGACCUUCGUAGGGAAGGCUGAAACUGUCCGAAAGUUUCCUUUACUGAUUGCAUCGCGAUUCAAUGUGCCCUAUUUGCUCUACAAACCGGGAACCGGCCACAGGAUCAUUGGUGAAGUGUACGAUGUCGAUGACAAGCUCUUGCAGUUCCUCGAUGAGUUCGAGAAUCACCCGAACUACUACCUACGUCAGCAAGAGGACGUGGAGUUCGAGUUGGACAAGCGCAUUGAGAAAGCCUGGGUGUAUAUGAUGAUGAAUUUCCGGGAUGAACUUUUGCAAAAGUCGUUGAUGGCGAACUAUUCUUCGAAAGGACCUCACGGUCUCCAAUACGUUGAGAGGUAUUUGAGAGACAAUGAGGACCCGAGUAAUUCCUAUUACGCAGAGGUUAAGAAAGAAUCGUGAGGACACCGAUCGUGUUGAGGAUCUAUACACGUAAUCAACGACAUCGCUGAGUUUAUUCCCAUGUUACGUUUCCAAAUAAAUGGGCAUUCGUCUAAUGUAUGAGACGAA